AGAGCCAAUUUGCCAAAGAUUCUUUCAAUUGCUCAUGCUCCUCAUCUCUCUCAAUUCUAAUUCCCUCUCUAUAUAUACCUCUCACAUUCAUCAACUAUAUAUUCUCUAUACUCUAAGCACUACUGCUCUUGCUCAUCCCUUAUAUUCAUUUACUCUUUUCAAUCUUUUCUUCAAUUUCCCUUGCACUUUCCUUUGCUUAUUCCCAAAUGGCCAGUGUUGAGGUUCAACCAGCUGCAACAGCAUUGCCAGAGAAUGAGACACCAGAGCUGACCAAGUUUGAGGAGACACCAAAAGAGGAGCCAGCAGCUGCAGCUCCUGUGGCUGAGACAGUGACUGAACAAACGGAGGAAACAACAUCCGAUGUCCCUGCUGCAGAGGAAAGCGAAGCUCCCAAAGCCGAAGCUCCCGUUGAAGUUGAUGCCAAAGAAAUUGUAGAAGAAGCCAAGAUUGAUGGGGAAGCGAAGCCAGCUGCAGAGGAGACAACGGAAGAGACUCCAGAGGUCAAACCAGAAACAGUUGCAGAGGAGGCCAAAGCAGAGACCACAGAGCCCACCGUGGAAGCACCAGCAGCUCCUGCAGCAGAGGAGGAGAAACCAAUCGAGGAGGAAAAGGCAGCUGAAAAAGCAGAAGAAGUAACUGUUGAGAAGGCUGAGGAAUAGAGCAACCAUACAGAAGGUGGCAUUGUUUGAAGGGCUUCUUUUUUAGGUUGCAUGUGAAAGUUGGCAAAUUUCAAGUGUCACUCGUAUUAUUUAUUACAACUAUGGAGGAUGCGGGGAUGAGGAGGUUUUUUCUUCCUUUUUUUUUUUUUUUUUUUUUUUUUUUUUUUUUCUGUGGGGUUUGAUAUAGUAUUAAACUUACAUUUGGGUAACUCCAGGGUCAACAACACGCAUACAUACCAUGCUGGUGGAAGAAUUAUAUGGGUUUUACAUUUAGAAGGAAUUAAGUUGUUUUGAAGGGUAUGGGCUGUUUGCAUUGUUGGUGUUCUAAGAGAGUGAAGAAGAUGAUGAGUUUGAUAUGGCGUGAUGAUGAGAUCAUGUGAUCUCUCUAUAUUUGCAUAAUAAAGAUAUAUUUUUGUCUAAUCACAUGCCUUAUAAAUUUUCUUUACUUCUUCGUGUUAGCAAUUUUACCAGUCUUAUUAAAGUUAAUUUCCUU